CGGGCUGUGCCGCAGAAGCGUAUAGGUGCGGCACAUUCACAUUCAGGUUCACAUUCACGAUUGUAAUUGUGAUUUGUCGUGGCGACGCUAGCAGAGCGCUAGCAAUUGCCGUCAGCAGUGAAUUGUCACUGUGUAAAACGUGCGAGGAUCAGGUGCUGCCCGCUGCAUUCACACAUUCGCAUUCCUGACAUUCAGGGCUUCACCAUCAGCACUUCGCGCUCUUCAGGUCGCCUUCUCUUUCUUCAACCGAAGCAUCCUUCGCGCAUACAUCAUCCCUUCAUCCAACACCAUCUUAUCAAUUCCACCUCGACCGAUCAUUCGAUUCAAGCCGUGUGACAUAGGCUUCAACAUCAACGUGCGCCCGGCUCGGCGGAAAUUGCCAACAGCCAGGAGGAAGGGAUGCUCCGGGAACGCUCUGACCAGGCGGAUCGCUCGCGGUCGAUCGAUGCGUCUGGCGCUGCCCAGCCUUUGGCGCAGCAAGCUCCCUUAAACCUCCCGAGCAGCCAACUCAACCGUCAUAGUUCUACUCGUAGCGUGACUUCACCGACAGCGUCGACAUCUUCUCAUCUGCUGGGUCGUUCGGACUGGUUCGGUCCCACAGAGGAUGAGGAUGACUACGACGACUCGGCGAAGAUUUCGCCUUCCGCAUUCGAGCACGACACCAUCCUCGGUGUGGAUGCCGCAGUGUUCUGGGCACGCGCCCAGGCGGAGCUUAUCGAUUCGCCCAAGCCCCAGGCACAGGAGUUGCCUGAGCCUUCUGGUUCAGCCCUGCAGCCUGUUCACGCACAGCCUGAGAUACAGCAGCCUGGCAAGCCUGCUGCUACCGAGGUUGCCGCACUGGAAGCCCCGGCCGAAGUCGAGCCUCAUCAGGCUUCAACUCCUAAGGAGUCCUCAAAGGUUGGGCUGCUGGCUCGGAAGUCUCUGCGAGGGCGACGGCGGGCAAGUCUGCCUGCCCCUUCCCCACAGAGCAGCUCUGCUCCUAGCGCAGACACAUCCACGUCCGCUGCGGCUCUUUCUGCUCAACCUCUCAACGCAUCACUCUCCGCAACUCCUACCAUAAACGGACUUGCUUCCACUAUUGGUAGUCAAAAACUUCAGCGGCGUGCCACUGGCGGAGGUAUUCUGAGCCGUUUGCGACGUAUCAAUCGCAAAGAGUCGCGGCGACCGGGCACGGCGAUUGAUGAGGAAGCUGCCAAGAGUAAUAAGGAUGACAUGACAGCGACGCCUGAUCUCAGCUCAGCGGACACUUCCCUCCAAUCUGAAGACAGCAGUGCACCACCCGGCGAGCAGCGCGCGGAAUUCUUGGACAAGGCGGACGCUCUGACGCGACCUCCGCCUAGUCGUCAAAUUUCUCAUCUCGAUGGUCUGGAAAGCCCAUCAGAGGCUUCGGAACGGCAAGCACUCGAUGCAGUCGCAAAUGCUGUUGUAGCACCACUGCAAGUCGAUGUCAGCGCACGACCAACGACGCCCUUCAACUUUAAAGAUGUCGGCAUCGAACGACAGCCACAAUUGAUCUCUGCUGGCGACGAAGGCGACUCUGACAGCUAUCAGAGGGUGGGUGUAGGGCAUCCAAGAAUUCAUAGCAUUCAGCCAAGCUUAGUAGAUGACGAAAGCAUCAGAGGCACCGGCGAUAGCGAUGAAGAGGGCGAAGGGGAUGGCACUGUUGGUGCUGCUGGCAUACUGAGCAUCGAUGAUAAAUGGCUUGAGAGCAGGAUAGAGCAGAGGAGAAGAGAAGAAUUCGAGGAUCAGUCGGCUCAUCCCCUUGCUUCCGGAACAAGCACCGCCGGACCUCGAGCCGAAGAACCGCAGUCGGCCAGCCUAACAGACCAAGUCCCGGCUCCACCUGGCGAUACGACCUCGCCUUUGACCUCGCCUUUGACCAGGUCUGGCUUCCAGCUCCGAUUGCCGCAGGGAGUCAUCGCCGCUGCCAGACAAGGCCACGUACGGAAGGUCAGCGUUCCAGGUGCCUUCCUCACAGAUGACGAUGGCACAGAUUCGUCUGCCAAUGCGUCCCCUGUGGCCGACGCGCCUCUUGGUGACGCGCCAUCGACGCCAGGUGCAAAGACACAGCAACAUCAGCGAGACGCCACUGUCUUUGCGGAUGCACAUUCACGACAAACGAGUCGAGCUAGCGUGCAGUCAGAGAACACGAACGGAGCUCCAGAGGUCAGUAAUGAGCGUGUCGCUACGAAACUUCCUAUGAAGCCUCCGGGCCAUUGGGCUGGCGCAGAGGAUGAGGAUGCUCCGACUCCGCGGGGACAUGCUGUGCAGAAGACGUCGUACUUCGAAGCACAGGAUACACAUUCGCGCGAUGCGAGCACCAGCAAGCACCCUGGCGUAGAUGGGCCGACACUAUCGCAGGUCACUGCUCCUCCGAUAUUCAGGAACGUAAAAGCGCCAAAGCACACGUGGCUCAGACACACCGAAUUGGGCGCUCCACACCUCGGAUGCUUCAUGCGCACUCUAGUGGAACGCCAGAUGAACUUUGAACUGGCUCGCUCCUGGCUUUUGACUAGCAUCGCAGCGCCAUCGGAGCCCGCAGCAUUGGGCAAAGAUGAUCUCGCCAUCUUCAAGCGUAGCCCUCACGACGUAGGCCUUCCGCGACCUCGCCUCCCCAUUCUGCACUUCAUGCUUGCUCGAGUCCUCUCGACAUGCCCACUGUUGGUCGACUCGGUCGCUCCCAAGGGCACGGCGGUCUCGAGCGAGGUGGCGGAGGGCUUCAUGUCCAGCGCCAUCGUCCCACUACUGCGUGCAAGGCAGUCCAUGUCGCUGAGUCAUGCCGUUGAUAGACAUGGAGAAGGCAUGGGGACGGAAUUCGAUGCAAGAUCUACGUUGGAUGAAGUUCAAGGCGUACUGACGCGCGGCAUUGCUGCCUACGUGACCUCGAUUCUUGGCGCGAGCUUGGCGCGGGAGGGUCUCAAGAUGACCCAAGUGCCGUUGCCGAAUGGAAUCAACACCUUGAUGCCGCUCUCGGCCUACUACGCUCACCGAGCGCCUAUGCCAAAGCUCAAGCAAGGCGGUUAUGAGGUGGAUAUUGUGAGCUUGCGUGCACACUCUGCCACAGAGUGCGAAUUCGUCAUUGCCAUUCGUCGCUUUGGCUUUCCGGUCUCAUACGUCAUCCGCAGCGAGGACGACUUCUUCGAAUAUGCGCGUGGCCUCGCAGCGGAACUAGGACCGAAAGCGCGGGUGCGACCUCUGCCGCCCAGACCAAUAGCAGGAGCGAAUGGAGGUGAAUACUCUGGCUCUUUGGGUCCUCUGACUGGCAACGCAGCUCUUGCUGGAUCUCAGAACGGCCGUCGCGAUUCGAUGAGCUCCCUCCGCAGUCUCGUCACCUCAGGUUUCCGCCCGAGCCAGGCGAAUGAGGCCUCUCAGAGCGUUCUGUCGGUGCAGACAAACAAGAACACAGGCGCAGUCAAUGGCGCUGCACCAGCUUCGCCUCUUUCCCCGCGCAUGCACAGAUAUGGUGGCGGCGUUCCACCUCGUCCAAGUUUCUCGCGCACGAGAAGUACGGAUUCCUCAAGGCCUGGCUCUAUUCAUCCAGCUCAGGACACUCAAUCGGCUCACGGUCACGCUCCGCAAGCGUCUGGCACAACGGGACGAAACACGAGUCAAGUCUCUCUUGCUGGUAGUGAGCGGGCAUUGCCUCGCGGACGAAGUCAGGUGAAUGUCGCUUCACCGCCCAUCAAAGACCCUGCUCUGCCACUCUCGCCAUCUGCUGCGGAAGGCUUCGUCCAGCUUGACAACUCGAGCAAGGCGAUGAUGGGUACCACCUCGUCCAAGGGUGGUGACGGACGAGGUCGAUCACGCUUGUUCUCCAAGCGAUCUUCAUCUCGUGGUCCUUCUCCAUCAGGCUUACGAUACAAGGAGGCUGGCGGCAUUGGUCGCGACAAAUCCGCUCGCAAAGCGGCUGCCGAGGGCGAGUACAUUGCUCCGUCUGCCCAUCACGAGGCAAGAAGACAGCAUUUGCGGAGCUGGCUUCGUGAUGCCUUGGCUGUACGUGGUGCUGGACACUGCUCGGAGACUCGCCAGUUCUUGGUUACAGGCAGCUUCAGUGAUAAGGAGCUUCGGACUGGAACUAGAGCAGACCUGGAGAUGCGCCAUCGUCUGGACGAGGAAAGUCGUGGGGAACGUGAGGCAGUGGCAGCUGGCUCGGCAGAAGAGGUCAUCGAGUUGCAGGAUGAGCAGAACGCUCUUUGGCGCAGCUGCACGACUCAGCAAGGAUUUUUGGAUGCUUUUGGGGCACUUCGAACCAGUCCGACAUUCUCUGAGCUGCCACUCCCAUACCAGCGCUUAGCAUCUUGGGCCAAUCUCAAACUAGCCCACGUCCUCUAUGGCAUCUUUGUCAGCGGCAGCGAGUCUAGCAAGAACCUAAUCAGAGCUCAGGAUCUUUUCAAUGCCAUUCCGUGGCGCGGCUUGUCUUUUGCCAUGCGGGAUCCUACGGGAGUCAUGCUGCAAAGGGUGCGUGCGGCUCUGCAAGGACAAGACUUUUUGGACCGGCUACUUGCCGUGUUACUUGAAGACGGCGGGGGCAAAGGGGGCAUGCAGCUGGAGCUAGAUGACCUUCGACGCCGCUUCGGAUCGCCAGUAUACCGCAAGAUCGAAGCGUUCGUGUCCUACACUGACGCCAAGAAGCGUUUGAUCCGUUCAAGUGCGGAGUCAGCUCGCAUUCCACUCGUGGCAGCCAUUGCGCGUGGUUCAGACGCUCCGCGCCUCACCGAGGAAGGUGUCAAGCGCAUCGUGCGAGCAACUCGUGCCUGGCAGGACUUUCACGCCACAUUGCCGAACGCCAAAGACAUACAACGGGAGCUUAAGGCGAGCGUCGAUGUUCGUCUCAUUGCGGACAUGCAGCGCGCCUUGAGACUGCUUUCGCUGCGCCGAGACGCAGAGGAGAUUCGAGUUGCGUUGGAAAAGCCAGAGAUUAGAGACAUCUUUUCGGCCCUGUUUGAGCCGUUUGGUAACGCUCUCAGGCGACUGCACAAGUCGAGUGCCAAGAUGCCGGACGCUGUUGCGGAUACAAAAGAGUUCCUCGCGCGUCUACUGGACGUCGUUUCCGGCUUAAGAUCGAGAGUGCAGGAUCCUUGGAGGAGCAUCUCAACGAUUGCCACUCUACUUGACGACGCUGUGCCGGGCUGGUAUGCAUUCUUGCACUCGACAGUGACACUGCCAGACGGAAGCAACGGCGGCUCGCUCACAGAGGACAUCUUUGUCUGGCUGCACCAUUUGGCAAGACUGGCAGGCAGCGGCUGCGACGACAUCAUUGCUGCUUGGGCACCUCCGUCGCGACCCGCGUCGAUGAUGCACGAGUCCGAAGGAUCUAAGUCGCCACCUCCCGCGCCUCUUUCCGGUCCAUCGGUGCUAGACGCAUCUGCUCGAGGGGACAUCACCGAGCUAGAAGCUGCUGCGCGUCGCAAGAAGCAGGCCGAGUUUGUCGAAGCUUGCAGAUGGGCAGCAGGGGAUGUGGACGAAGCACAACCCGUUCAGGUCUUUGGAGCGGCUGGAAAGACUAGGACCGAGGCUAUCUUUGCGGACCCUAUCAAACCUGCCCCUCCCACGCCUCACUUGGAUCGUUUCAGACCUGCAUUUAGGGAUGCGCUUGCUAGGGUGCUGAGGUGAUGCUGCAUGCAUGCUCUCGACCCGAUCUGCAUUUCCCUUCCGUUCAUUUGCCCCGGAUUCGCUGCCUCUACGUGCAAAAGUAUUCUCGGAACGCAUUGGAAACUCCUCAUACCCAUUUACGCACGCAGCCUCUUGACAUGUAUGCAGAACCCCAACUGCUAAUGGUGAUGUUCGGGUUUGCACGUGCAUCUUGAUGCAGCGACACAUCACAAAAGGUGUUGC